GUGUUUUUGAAAGAUGAAAGUGGUUCUUCCCGCCUCUGACUGUCCUUCCGGCCCACUUUAACGUUACUUCACAUUAAGGAUUAGUUUUAAUUAACUGUCUGAUUAGCUGCAGCAAAGUCCAUUAAAAUGGGUUAUUUAAAACAAAUUGACAUGGAAAACUUCAAGUCGUGGCGAGGGAAGAAAGUUAUCGGUCCGUUUAUGCGGUUUAACUGCAUUAUUGGCACCAACGGCUCCGGUAAGUCUAACGUGAUGGACGCGCUGAGCUUCGCCAUGGGGGAGCGCGCGGCCUCCCUCCGGGUGAAGCAGCUCCGGGACCUGAUUCACGGAGCUCAUAUCGGGCGGCCGGUGGAGGACACCGCCAGCGUCACCCUGCGGUACUGCAACGACGAGGACCGGGAGACAGUCUUCUGCCGGAGCAUCGUGGGUGACUCCUCUGAAUAUCGCAUAAAUGGAGUACAUGUCUCUCUAGCAAAAUAUAUGACGGAGCUGGGGAGGAUCGGCAUUGUGACCAAAGCUCGAAACUGUCUGGUGUUCCAGGGGGCAGUGGAGUCCAUCGCUCUGAAGGACCCAAAGGAGAGGACCAAGAUGUUAGAGACCAUCAGUGGGUCGAAAGAAUACAUUGCAGAGUACGACAAGAAGAAACAAGCCCUGCUGCAGGCCAAAGAGGACACACAGUUUCACUUCAACAAGAAGAAAUCUGCGACUGUCGAGAGGAAGCAGGUGUCCCAGGAGAAAGUAGAGGCCCAGAAGUACCAGGCGCUGGUGGACGAACUUCAACAAAGUCGCCUGCAGCUGAGUCUGGCUGAGCUUUACAGAAAUGAGAAGGGCAUCGGUGCCCUCAGCGACUCGCUGACAGAGAGACAGCAGGCUGCAGCUGCGAAGAACAAUAAGCUGAUGAACACUGAGCAGACGGUCAAACAAUGGAAGAAGGAACACGGACGUCUCACCAGAGAGCAGCAGCACAUUGAUAAGGAGAUUCGCGCUCAGGAGCAUAUCCUGUCCCAGUGUCGAUCCCAGUAUGUCAAAGCCAAAGUCAACACCUCCCAUCACAUAAAGAAGGCUGAGGAGGUCCGGGAUGCCCUGAGGAAGAAUCAGAAGCUGGUGGCUCUUAAGGAGCAGGAGAUUGCAGAGGAACGACAGGAGAUCGCUGAACUGGAGACGACCUGGACGAACUAUGAGAGGCAGGUGCAGGAGGAAGGAGCGGCCAUGGGGACAGACAUCGAGCUGGAUGAGGAUCAGUUGGAGCGAUACAAAGAGCUGAAGGAGCUGGCCCAGAGGCAGGGGGCCGUCCUCAGCCAGCAGGCAGAGAAGCUGCAUUGGGAAGUGAGAGCGGACAACGAGGAGAUGGCCUUUGACCAGCGCAGGAAGAAGGAAGUGGAGGUUGCUAUCAGGAACACCCAGACUGAGCUGGAAGAUUUGACAAGCAGAGCACAGAAGCUCAAGGAGUACAACAAGUCCUGCAAGUCGUCCCUUGAAGAGUACCGUCAGCAGGAGGAGACCCUGAGUGCAGAGCUGCAGCGGGGCCGCCAGCGCAGCGAGGAGGUGAACCAGGAGCUGGGUCAGGUGCUGGAGGAGCUGGGGAACGCCCGUCUGGACAGCCAGGAGAGCAGACGCCAGCUGCAGCGCAAAGAGCUGCUGGAGAAGCUCCGCAGGCUCUUCCCUGAAACUGUGUUUGGUCGUCUUUCUGACUUGUGCAGCCCGAUCCAUAAGAAGUACCAGCUGGCUGUCAUCAAGGUGUUCGGCCGAUACAUGAACGCCAUUGUAGUGACCUCGGAGAAAGUGGCCCGGGACUGUAUCACUUUCAUCAAAGAGGAGCGAUGUGAACCUGAGCUCUUCCUGCCCAUCGACUACUUGGAUGUGAGUCCUCUGAACGAGCGGCUGAGGGACGUGCGCGGAGCCAAGAUGGUGGUCGAUGUUGUGCAGGUUUCCGUUAACGCCGGCGCUGGCCAGCUGAAGAAAGUGGUGCAGUUUGUAUGUGGUGACGCGUUGGUGUGUGAGACCAUCAAGGAAGCAAGGAGUGUGGCGUUUGACGGGCAGGUUCGCAUUAAGACCGUAUCUCUGGACGGGACGAUGUUUGCAAAGUCAGGCACAAUCUCUGGAGGCUCCAGUUACCUGCGGAGUAAAGCUCGCUGCUGGGACGAGAAGGACAUGCGACGGCUGAUCGAACGCAAGGAGCUGCUGACAGCAGAGAUGCGGGAUUUGAUGAGGCUGAGGCGAAAGGACCCAGAACUGAAAAACAUCAUUGCUCAGGCUCAGGGCGCUCAGAUCCGCUUGAAAUACUCAAAAAAUGAGCUGGAAAACAUUCAGAAGAAACACAUCCUCAAGUGCCAAGCAGACAUUUCUCGUAUGCAGAGCGAAAUAGCAAACCUGGACUCUCAGAUCCAGAUGCAGCAGGAGAGUGUGGAAGCAAAGGAUACAAAGAUUAAGAAGAUCAGAAACCAGAUUGAGCAGAUGGAGGACUUGGUGUUUUCUGACUUCUGUGCUGAGAUCGGCGUGGACAACAUCAGAGAGUAUGAGCAGGAGCAUCUGAAGCAGCAGGAGGAGCUCGACAAGAAGAGGCUGGAGUUUGAAACUCAGUGCACUCGCCUGAAUGCACAGCUGGAGUACGAACAAGACCGACUGGAGCAGCAGAAGAAGAAGCUCCGCAAAAUGGAGGAAACCAUCGAAAAGGAGGAGAGAACCGUCGCAGAACAGAGGAAGGACGAGGAGAAGCUGCUGGUGGCGGUGGAGGAGGGUCAGAACAAACUGCUGGAGCUGCAGAACCAGCUGCUGUCCAAGAAGAGCCAGGUGGCCGCUGCCAAAGCCGAGCUGGACCAGAAAAUACUCAACCUCCAAGAGAUCAACAAAGAGUUGGUGAAGCUUCAGCGGGAGGUGAUGUCUGCAGAGAGCGCCUUGGAGCAGAAACGCUUGGCCAGACACAACUUGCUGCUGGCCUGCAAGAUCCAGAGUCUGCCCAUCACUCUGCUGUCAGGGAGCCUGAACGAAAUCAGCGAAGUGCAGCUGGACACAGAAUCUGAAAGCACUUCAGCCACUCUGACCAUCUAUGAGAGAGAGGCUCAGCUAGUGAUCGACUACUCCGGCCUGGACCCAGAACUCAGGAGACUGCAGACAGACGAGGAGGUGGAGGCGUACCUGGAUAGACUGAAGGAGUCGAUGUCCUCCAUCGAGGCGUUGCUGCAUCGCACCACCGCCCCCAACCUCAAAGCUCUGGAGAAACUGAGGGAGGUGAAGGACAAGUUACAGGGAGUCACACACGAGUUUGAGGCCAGCACCAAAGCAGCCAGAAAAUGCAAUCUGGAGUUCGAGCAAGUCAAAGCCCAGCGCUUACAGCUGUUCAACCAGUGCUUUGAGCACGUGUCCAUCGUAAUCGAUCAGAUAUAUAAAAGGAUUUGCAGGAACAACAGCGCCCAGGCCAUUCUGAGCGCUGAGAAUCCAGACGAGCCGUACCUCGGGGGCAUUAACUACAACUGCGUGGCGCCGGGGAAACGCUUCAUGUCCAUGGACAAUCUGUCCGGUGGAGAAAAGGCCAUCGCUGCCCUCGCCCUGCUGUUCGCCAUCCACAGCUUCCGACCCGCUCCCUUCUUCGUCCUGGACGAGGUGGAUGCAGCCCUGGACAACACAAACAUUGGAAAGGUGACCAGUUUCAUCAGAGAGGAGUCCAGGGAGAACAUGCAGAUCAUUGUCAUCUCUCUGAAGGAGGAGUUUUUCUCCAAAGCCGACGCUUUGCUGGGAGUCUAUUCUGAUUUUGAUGAAUGCAUGUUCAGCCGUAUUCUGACCCUGGACCUGCAGCCGUACCCGCUGGGGGAAGACAACAACGGGUCACAGAUGGACACAGAGAGGACGGGACACAUGUAGCCUGGAACCACCUGAAUGUAUGUCGUUUCCUUUUGUUCAUUGAGCAUAUCACUGGUUCUUAGUGUUCUUAUCAUUGACUUAAAAGGCAAAGCAGUUUAUUUCAACACCAAAUGACGAUUUCUAUGUUCAAUUUUUUUGAGUUUUUUUACUAAAUCAGAUUUUAUUAAAGAGAUUUUCGUAAUGCAUGGGAUUAGUUUCUUUGGGUAACAGGCAGCAUUUGACUGGAUUAGGGUAAAAGUUUAGGAAUGGGUUCUGUGUUUAGAUAGCAGCAUUCAUGUGAAAAAUCUUGCAAAUUUGGUCCAUAAUAAGACCAACAAAGAAAGUCUUAAAUACUAUAGUGUUACUUCUUCGAUAAUAACUUUCACAUGGUUAAAAGGCAAAAACAGCAUGAAAAGAGAACUGGUUCUACUGUUUCAACGUGUUUCUAAAAUGUUCUGGCUCUUAUUUAUGUUUCAUGUUAAAAAGAGAUAAAUGUUGGCCCAUACCGCCUUUGUUUUUAUACUUGUUCAUUUAACUUGUAUGUGUAAGUGUUUUGUAUUCAAGUUGUGCUUUUAAGCAUAAAGUUUGUCCUGUUUAUUAAAUCUACAGAGUUGAA